AGAAAUGAUGAUACAAGGCUGUAGGCAAAGAAGCCCGAGAAACACUUUGGAGGGGUACCUAUUUCCGUUGCUCUCGCUAUGUAACUGAGCCCAGCCAAGUUGCUCUCGGUUGCCAAUUUAGAGACCUGACUAUGGUGUGGCUGCUCUUCCUGGCUUGGUCAGUGGGCUUUGCGGUUAGCCUGGCCAGUUUCCCGGCCCCGCAGCUUCGGGAGAACGCGAACUGCCUUCUACGCUCUACAGAGGGGAAUAGGCGUGUAACUUGUGCCGGUCCUGCACCCUUCUUAAUUUUCAACCAUGGAAAUGCUAUCUUUAGGAUUGACAUGGAGGGAACUAACCAUCAGCAAGUGGUACCUAAUGCUGGCAAAUUGGUAUUGAUGGAUUUUCAUUAUAGAAAGGAGAAAGUCUAUUGGGUGGAUUUAGAAAGAGGACUCCUGCAGAAAGUAUUCCUGAAUGGCACAAAGACAGAGAUUCUGUGCCAUGUGGAAAAAGGGGUUUCAGGAAUGGCAAUAAAUUGGAUACAUGAAGAAAUUGUUUGGUCCAAUCAAUUGAAAGGAACAAUUGAAGCCACAGACAUGAAAGGAAACAAUUCUCGUGUCCUCUUGAAAGAAUUAAAUUAUCCUAAAAAUAUUGUUCUUGAUCCAAUAAACAGGUUUAUAUUCUGGGUGGCAGGUAAUAUUACUGGCACUAUAAACAGAGCAAAUCUUAAUGGGACUGAUGUGAAGAUUCUCAUGCAGAGAUCGCAAACAAUUAAAAUGAUCUCACUGGACAUCAUUGACCACAGACUCUUUUGGAUUCAGUACAGCAGUGCAGAGAAUGACCUACAUGUUGGCUCAUGUAAUUAUGAUGGAGGUUCUUUUUACCUGUGGAGUCAUUCUACACGGUACCCUUAUUUUGCAAUGUCUCUCUUUGUUGAAGAUAUGUAUUAUUCAGAAUGGAAUACAAGUGCCAUUUGGAGAGCCAACAAAUACACAGGGGAGAAAAUGGUUAAAAUGAGCUUUAAGCCAUCAUUUCUACCACCAACUGAAAUAAAAGUAGUACACCAGCUCCUGCAGCCUACAGUGAGAAAUGAUUCCCAGAAUUCUGAGCAGGAAUCAUGCAACUUAAAGGAAGGUGACUGCAGGAUCAGUGUGUGUGAGCAGGACCCCAAGUCCCACGGUUGCAAAUGCCCAGAAGGUUACACUUUAAGCCAAGAUGGGACACAUUGUGAAGAUGUCAAUGAAUGUGCAUUUUGGAACCAUGGAUGUACUCUUGGUUGUGAAAACAUCCCUGGAUCUUAUUACUGCACAUGCCCCAAAAGCUUCAUCCUGCUUUCUGAUGGGAAGACAUGUCAUGAAUUAGUUUCCUGUGUAAGCAACAACACUGGAUGCAGCCAUGGUUGUGCCAUGACAUCAGAUGGUCCCAUGUGUUUCUGUCCUGAAGGGUCAGUGCUUGGGGAAGAUGGAAAAACAUGCAGUGGUUGUUCAUCACCAGAUAAUGGUGGGUGUAGCCAUAUAUGCAUCCCUCUAAGCCCUGUGUCUUGGGAAUGUGGUUGCUUUCCUGGAUAUGAGCUGCAGUUGGAUCGAAAGGGCUGCAAGGCUACAGGACCCCCGCCCUCUUUACUGUUUGCCAACAUGCGUGACAUUCAGAGCAUCCACCCUGAUGGGACAAAGUAUGAAAGCCUACUCAGCCGGCAGAUGGGAGUGGUCUUAGCGUUGGAUCAUGAUCCGGUUGAAAAUAAGAUUUACUUUGCACACACAGUGCUGAAGUGGAUAGAGAGAGCUAACAUGGAUGGCUCAGAGCGUGAAAUACUCAUUCAGGACACAAUAGACACACCAGAAGGUCUUGCUGUGGAUUGGAUUAACCGUAAACUCUAUUGGACAGACAGAGGGAAAUCACACAUUGCCAGGAGUGAUUUGAAUGGAAAACACAGGGAAGUAAUCAUUGAGGAAGAUGUGUCUCAGCCAAGAGGAAUUGCUGUUCAUCCAAUGGCCAAGAAAUUAUUCUGGACUGAUAUGGGAAUUAAUCCACGAAUUGAAAGUUCUUCUCUUCAAGGCAGUGACCGGCUGAUUAUAGCUAAUACCGAUCUGGUCUGGCCUAGUGGAAUAACGAUUGAUUAUUUAACUGACAAGUUGUAUUGGUGUGAUGCCAAGCAGUCUGUUAUUGAAAUGGCCAAUCUGGAUGGGUCAGGACGCCGAAGCCUUAUCCAGAAUGAUAUAGGUCACCCAUUUGAUGUGGCUGUAUUCGAGGAUCAUGUUUGGUUUUCUGAUUGGGCUAAGCCUUCGGUAAUAAGGGUGGACAAGAGGACUGGCCAAAACAGGGUAUGUCUUCGAGGCAGCAUGCUGAGACCCUCCUCCUUGGUUGUAGUUCAUCCUUUGGCAAAACCAGGAAUUGAUCCCUGCACAUAUCCAAAUGGACACUGUGAAGAGAAAUUUGGAAUUGCUCAAUGCUCAUGUCAUGAAGGCUUUCAGGAUAGUAAAAAAUGCCAAGCUCCAAACAGUCAGCAAAAAGAAGCAGCUAGGAAGAUGGAUCUAAGCAAUGACAGAACAGUGGAGAAUGUGUUGGAAAGAACAUUGGAAGCUGACACCAGGGAGAAGGGACACCCCAAACAUGAUCUAGUAGCUGAACUCACAAUUUCGGGUGAGGAUAGCUGUGCCCCUGUGGACUGUGGUGUGACUGCUCAGUGCAUUUCAGAGGGAAAGGAUGCCUGGUGUCAGUGCUUGGAAGGAUUCACCAGGAACACAAACUCAUGCUCUGAUAUUGAUGAAUGUGAAAUGGAUAAUGUGCUUUGCCAGCCAGAAUCGUCCAAGUGCAUCAACACUGAGGGCAGCUAUGUCUGCAAGUGUUUGGAAGGCUACAGUGGAGAUGGAGUGAACUGUUAUGACAUUGAUGAGUGUGCAAUGGGAGUGCACACAUGUGGAGAAAAUGCCAUCUGUAAAAAUACAGAGGGGAAUUACACCUGCAUCUGCUCUAAUGGUGCACCUGGGCCUGGAUCUGUUUGUCUUGGAUCUUUUCGGGCUGAGAAUGAUAAUUCCUCUGACAUCAGAAACGACAGUUCUGUGUGUCCACCACCAUAUGACUCAUACUGCCUCCAUGGAGGAGUGUGCAUUUACAUUUCAGAGCUAGGCAAAUAUGAUGCAGGUGAAUGCAUGCCUGGUUACGUGGGGGAGCGCUGUGAGCACAGUGAACUGGAAUGGUUGGAGAUGCGGCACAUGGUAAAGACACAGCAGCAGAAUAUCACCGUGACGGUCUGUGUGGUUGUGCUGGGUCUGCUGCUCCUGGUGAUGGGGGUCACUUACUAUUUCAGGACUCAGAAGCUCCAUAAGAAGAAUCCAACCUCUGAGAUGACCAGGGACUCCACCAUUGCCAGUGCUCCUGGAGAGAGUGUGACCCUUCCCAAUCACAAGCCUUGGGAAGAUGGUUAUGGUUGUGACGGAGCACCACACUUCACCACAAAUGGUGGCCAGUCUUCUCCCCCUGAACCUGGAUCUACGUGUGGGAACAGAGAAAUGCAGACCUUAGAAAAGAUGGAGAAAGAACAAGGCUACCAGCACCAGCCAGCCAGAGACAAAGAGCUUGGUCCUCAGGAAAUAGAGGGGAGUCCUCAUCAGCUUCUCAGUGGCAGCCCUCUGCAGGGAUCCUCAUUGCCUUGUUCCAGCUAACUAUCUACAACAUCUGGAUCAAAGGUCCCAGAAUAAGCUGUGACAAAUGUGACUGACUCAGUAAAGAACUAGACUUGGAACCGAGGAAGAGAAACUAACUUUGCUGAUGUAGAAAAUGAAGGGCUUGGACUCUGUGGUCCCUAAAGUCCUUUCUAACUUCCAGUCUCAUGAGCCUGGAAUUCUAACAAUGGAACACUCUAACACUUCCUAUUGGAGAGCAAUGGAGAACUAAAGAGCAGGUUUCUUUAUGUCUCCACACCUAGAAACCUGGUCCCAGUGUCACUGUGAUGGAGGCAAACAUGCAGCUGUUUUCUUCUUUCACCUUAAAGCAACACAAAUUAUUCCGCUUGCAGAUCAGAUGUCACUGGAGAAUCAUUAAGGGAUUAGUUAGGGACAAACCCAAGAGAGAAUCUACUUCUGUAGCCUUGGCUUAUGUAUUGCUCACAUCACCAAAAGAAGUGGAAAUGGAUUGUUUCUACCAUGGAGGUGAACACAGUUUUUUACAGAGUGUUACUGAAAUGUUUUCUUUUUCCAGUCAACUUAAUGCUGUGAAGUAGUUUAGUUAUCCCAGUUACUGCUGAGAGAUUCUUGGGAUGCUUCAUUUGUUUUUGGCAUGGGCCUUUGCUGGUAUUCUUGUUAUAUAUGAUGAUAAUGUGGUACUUAGAAAUUAAGGUGGGCUGUCUCUUCAGAUAAGGGGUUUGUGUGGUUUGUAAUUAUAAUUUUUAAAUUGUGUUGAUUAAGAUUAUUAAAAAUUUUAAUUUCUGAA